CUGAAUUCACGCAUUCUUUAUGCGUGAAGUAUUGGAUCGUCGUUUGUUGUAUGAGUAUGCUGUUAGUUUCCGUUCAACAACCUGUCGUAGUGUUUCGCAUCGUGUAUAUGGUUAUGCUGAUCUAUUUCAUGUUCAUUUUCCAAAUCAGUUAUUCUGCCUGGCGUCGUCAAAUGCUCUGUUUUUGGUGGUUUAUUGUUGUUUAUUCCAUGGCUAUGCUAUUGUGUAUCUACACGUUUCAAUUCAACGAGUCACCCAGCUUCUGGCAGCAUAAGUUGGGUCUCUCAUCUGAGAUCUUAAAGGCUUUUGGACUAGAAACAUUUGAAAGUGCUGCUCUUUUUGAACGACUGUUAACACCAGUAGUAUUUCUGGUCGUUAUAAUUUUACAAGUACACUACUUUCAUAUACCAUUCCUUGAAGCCUCAGCAUUGGAUCGUUUUCGAUUACCUCAGGUUUCCAAGGGUUCCGUUUAUUCACGGUCUGGCCUUUCCGAUGAUCAAAAUUCAGUCAUGUCUGUUUCUCCGAGUAGCACCAUGUCCAAUUUCAUUGAAGAUGUGAACUCAGCAUUCCAAAUUGUUGUCUCAAAAUUGUACUGCUGGGCUGUCAGCCUUACAAAUCAUUGCUGGCGUUUCCUUGAAAUACAUUGGAUCAAAAUAGUGGGAUUAGUUAUAAUUCUGACGUGUACAAAUGAAGUUUCUGCGGCAAAUAUUAUUUCUCUUAUAUUUCUAGUAAUCUGUUUUCCGUUCCCAUAUUUACAUGGAUUUAUGGCGACAGUUGUCUUUAUAUGGACUAGUGUCCAAAUACUUUGCAAAAUGACCUUUCAGUUAAAUGCUGUUAAUCUGAACUUAUCUUCGUCCUGUUCAUUAAAGUAUGAUAACGCAACUGCUUGGGACCUAACUGCAUGGAUUGGCCUUAAGAAGGUCGAAAAUUUCGGGCAAUAUAUCAUGCCGUAUGGUGCAUUAAUGGUUGUCAGUGUAAUUUGGCAUGCUAUAACAUACAGACAACGUCAGUUUUAUAACAGUGAUCGAAAUACUCGUCCAGAUGAAGGAAUUGUAUUUCCUGGUGUUACAAUCAAUUCCAUGGGUUAUGAUUUAUUGAAUGUGGUCAAAUUCGCCUUUAACUAUGGAUUCUAUAAAUUUGGUCUAGAGCUUUGUCAUUGUGUCACCGUUGUUACCGCUUGUUCACGUGUGGAUGCGUUCAGUGUACUAUACUUGUUGCUGAUGUUGGUGUUUUUGUUUUCUCCACGACGAUUAUGUGCACGUUUAUGGGUCUCUUAUAUGGUAAUUCUAGCCGUACUCAUUCCCAUCCAGUAUGGUUGUUGCCUUGGUCUACCACCUGGUCUAUGUGUUAAAUACCCAUGGUAUACAGAGUCAGUAGAAGUCAACAAUCUUCUUCAAUGGUUAUAUUUACCCAGCGAAUUUGGUGUGCCGUCUGCUUAUAAGCUUACUGCGGACUUCUUUCAGUUUGUUGUAGUGGCUUUACAAUUUCGUAUCUUCAAAAUUGAACAACAACCUGCUGCAGAAAAACUCGGUGGCGGAUCUAACCGUCCAAUAUUGACUGAUGAGCUGCCUACUGAAGGGGAUCGUGACUUUGUCAGCACUAAAGAGUCAUACUUAGAUUAUAUGCGUCAUCUCAUCUUUUAUUGGUCAUACUGGGUCAGUCUGGCGGUUGUCUUGGUCACUGGAGUUGUUUGGAUCACAUUGUUUUGCUUAGGCUAUAUGAUACUGAGUUUCAUAUAUCUAUGGAUGGGGUUGAAUGUCAUGCUAAGAAAACGAACUAAUCUAAUCAACUCAUGGAACGUUAUUAUUGGAUAUAAUUUUUGUGUGAUUUUGGCUAAGUGUAGUCUUCAACUCAUGGGCUGUGUUUAUUGGUCCCGUAUGGCUGAUCGAUGUUGGUUGAUACAAUUGUUCGGCGUGCAAUGUAUGAAUCCCAUGUCGUGGAAUCAUUUCCAGCUACCAAUUGGAUAUGAAACAUCAUGUGCUGCUGUAUCAAGCGGUUUGCAUUGGGAUGUCAUAUGCUUUAUAUUCAUCCUAUUUCAACGUAAAGUCUUCACAUCUCAUAGUUUCAGUCAUGUAUUCCUUGAUUUGCAGGUUCAAAGUCAAUUUGCUUCUCGUGGUGCUUAUCUUAUCAAUCGAAAGUUAAUGCUGGCUAUUCAUGAACAAGCAAUGGAGGAACAAUACAACUUAACAAAAGUCCAACAAAAAAUCAAUCGCAUACAACAACGUCAAGAAGCAUUUGGACGUAGUAAUGCUAAUGUUACGGAACAUUACAUAAUGCUUCGUUCCGGUGAUUACUAUCUUUUCGAGGGUGAUCCCGAAGAGGAUGACGAUUUCGUAAAUCGUGAAACACAUAUUAUUGGACAUGAUAGUGAUCAUUCUGACAAAGAUGAUGCCAGUCCACCACCAUCAAUGAUGCGCAUGCGUGAAAGUAAAAAUAACUUAAAGUGCCCGAGGUCAACUGUUAGUGAAGAGCCUGAAAAACAAUUGACAACACCAAGUGCUACGGUUAUGAAUAGUCGUACGUCAAAAUCACAAGUUACUUUGGUACCCAGAGGGAAAAAUUAUUUACGAGAUGUUUGGCCAAGUAUUGACCCAAACGUUUUGGAUAUCCUUUCUAAUUAUACUGAUCCAUAUAGUACUAUCAGAAAUGAACGCCGUCGUGGUCGUCCAAGUUCUCAAGGCAGAAGUGCUCUGGAAUCUGAACAACAUCGUGAACAACCUCAAUUUCCUGACAUGUACGAAGAUUUUACCAAUCCGGGACCUGCUUUAGGACAUCGUCGUAUGCGAUCUCAUCCUGAGUUUCUGCGACGACACUUUGCUGACAUCAAAAGAAUAUUAAUUCUGUCGUACCUAUACACCUUACGUUCUACUCAGACAUCUCCAUCACCUUUUAAUGAGCAAAUAACCUAUCGUACUGCUGAACGUCGGGAUCUAAAUGGACCUCCUAUUCGGCAUCGACCCCAUGAAACACAUAGGCGAUUAUUUUCAGCUUCUGAAGCCAUAUUCUCCAGUAAGGACCGUCCUAGCAGUCCAGAAAAGUGCACUAUUGUCAAGAAUGCUAUUCGGAGCCAUAGGAGACCAACAAAAAUAUCGUUAUCAAAAUCUAGUCCUCCUAAGGCUCUUGGACCAAGUACUGCCCAUGGCAUCACUCAAAGCCAAUCUUCUUCGUACGCCAAUAAGACAUCAAACAUAGAUCUUGACUGUAUGGACGAUUCUGGAAAAGCUCUGACUGUAACAAAUGGUGGUGAAUCUAAAAGAAAUGAUGUCAUGUUCCCCGAAACAAUUUCUCAUAAUACAAUUGGUGUAACUUCACAAAUCCAUACUCCUCUUAUUGCUGAUCAGAAUGCUUUUAGUUAUACCUACUUUGACGAUGGUCAGGAAGCAGAUAGAGAUAGUGACGAAGAAGAUGAUGCCAACCCUCCUUCAACGCCAAAUACUAGACUGAAUCCUAUUCAGUUGUUGAAUCGUGCAAUGGAACUUGGUGCUCUUUCAGCUGUGAAACAGUACAGACGCAGUCUACAUGCCCACUCCCAAGGUCUACGUCAGCGGGAACAAGUUGAUGCAUCUCAGCCUCAUGUGCUAUUAGGAAGUCAAGAGGGUUCGGUUAUCGACGAAAUGAUGCCAACUUCAUCCAGUAUGCAACAAGUUGUUGUACAUCCAUUUCCGCACAAGUUGCCGAAAGAUAAAUCUUAUUACCACCCUGAAUUUCGUCGAAAGUUCACUCAGUUCCCAUCAAAAUCUGGUCUAAGGAAAUUUAGUGUGCCUGAUAUUCAUUCUUGUUCAAAGUCACCUGGAGUUCACUUUUCAAGGCGACUGAUUAAGCAGUCUGAUUCUCCACUUGUGGAUCAAGAAGUGGAGUCUAGUGAACAUUGUUAUACCACACCUCCACAGGAUUACCUAGGUCAACCGUCAGUCUCUGGAUAUAAUUACAUCAACAGCAAAACGGGAUCAGAUGACCAUCAACGCAUUACUAUGUCGGGACGUGUUGCUGGUAGAGAUCUUGUUCAUUCCUUAAUUCUGCCAUCCUCAGGAACCGAUAUGUUAGAUUCUAAAUUCCGGAGUAGUGAAGGAAUAAAAUAUUCAUCAAAGGAUAAAAAUGACUUCCAUGAUUCUGAAAAUACCAAAAGAAAAUGCGACUCUACUCAAAAUCCUGCUUUCAAUGUCUGUAAACCAACGCAGCAUUUUGAACCAAAUAACAAUCUCAAUGAAUCAAGUCAUUUUCCUAUUUUUACUGUCAGAGAUGGACAAGAUGGUGAAGAAAAUGAUCAAAUAAUUAAGCACGUAAACAGAGAAAAGAGUAUUCUACCUGCUCAUUCAUCUCAACAGUUGGGUGAUAAUAGUAGUCCUUGUGAUUUAAAUGACAACCAACCCGCUAAUACACAAGGGAAAACGCGUAGACAUUCUGUCCAUGAACCUGCUGGAAUACCUGAUUUCCGAAGUUCAUCUUCCGGUAUAUAUGACAAUUUGGAGGAGUUUAAUUUGCCAAAUCCAAUGGCAGUAUUUUCUAUUGACUAUUUCCGACGCAAUCCAAAAGCAUUCUUUGAAGUUGCAAGACGUUUAUACCGACCAGAAGCAAAACCUACAUUGGCUCAUUAUUUUAUUAGGUUACUUCACGAAAAGGGCAUACUGCUUAGACAUUAUACACAGAAUGUAGAUAAUCUAGAACGUUUAUCUGGUUUACCAGAAGAGAAGUUGAUUGAAGCUCAUGGAACAUUCAAUACAGGACACUGCAUUGACUGCAAGGAACAGUAUGAUUUCCAGUUCAUGUUAGGAAAAAUUAUGGCCAAAAAAAUACCAGUGUGUGUCAAGUGCCAGGGCGUCGUGAAACCUGAUGUUGUAUUUUUUGGAGAGGAUAUGCCCAAAAUAUUCUACAAAAACCUUUCCUCAGAUUUCAGCAACUGUGACUUACUUAUCAUAAUGGGCACUUCUUUAACUGUGUUGCCGUUUGUGCUCUUAUUCAUCGCGUGGCACUGAUGUUCCGAGACUGUACAUCAAUCGAGAAUUCAAUAAUGGCACUACUGAUUCUGCUUUAUCUUCAUUCAUCAUGCGAUUCAUGGUUGCUGGUUUUAAAAAGAAUUACCUGAAAUGUGGUGAACCUGAUAACAAACGUGAUGUAUUUUGGUUGGGUAAUGCAGACGAUGGUGCUGUUAAACUUUGUGAACUUCUUGGUUGGAAGAGUGAUCUGUUGAGGUUGAAGGAGGAAAAUGAAGUUGGUUUAGCUGCCACGCUUACUGAGGAAACUCUCAUGAAGAUAUUUCACUGUGACCAGAAAACGAUGAAUGAGGUAUUUGUUCCUUUUCUAUUCACCACGUGAUAGAUUGGUCGCAGCAUCAAUUUAAUCUAAUUUCUUUUUUCUACUUUUUUUCUUGGCUAAUGAAAGAAUUUCCUUGACUGGUUUUUAUUUUGAUCAAACAAUAUGAUCAAAUUAUUUGCUGUGAAACGUGUUUAGUAUGUUGCAGCUGUUAUAAUUUAAAAUUUUAAAUAUAUUAAACUAGACCAGUGUCUUUCUUUUUGCGUUCACAGUUAGAGAUUAUAAAGAUAACAAUUUCAUGUUGCUGACAUAUGCCGUAGGGUAUGUGUAGGUGACGAUACUCAGUGGUACUUUAAUUGUUCUGUAUUGUUCACUGCUUACUGAUGAUGAUUUAUUUUCGACUAAUAUAUUGCAGAAAGAUUGAAAUCUUCAGUAUUCGAAGGUUCUCACCAGGUUCCUAAAAUAUAACGCCCAACUCACUAAAGCAAAGAUUACUUGAAAUUUUAUUGAAAACUGCAUUGAAUCAAAUCGUUAUCCCAAGUUGUGUUACAAAUCUUCCUAACACUGAAACAUUGGAGAGAUAUGCCAUAAAUCAAACUGACUUUUUUACGCAUAUAAAUAUGAGAUAAAAAUGAAUAUGUUCCCUAGCCAGUAUGCCGUAGAUGAACUUCCAGAUUAUGAUUUUGUUGAAUACGUCAAUCAAGUAACUAAAAGAAGAGCAGAGAACAAAUUUAGUGGGCUGACGAAAGACUAUAGCUACAUGUAAGUUUCCAACAACAUCGAAGGGUUGCAUGCUCAAUUUUUCUAGUGUUGCAUUAGAUAUGGUGCAACUUGAAUUUCUUUCCUUAGAUACUACAUUUUUGAACAGGCAAUCACACUAAGCAUAUAGAUACAGACAUUCAUUUUCGAAAUUUGUAUGGUCAGAUAGUGAACCUCGUACCUUCUUUCAAUCUUGAACUGUGGUUGGUGUAAUCCUUUCAGGAAAGGCUAGCGUACCUGUUGAUAUGUCCUGAUGAAGAACCACAAAGCGUUCAUUAGCAAACUUGUAAUGAAUAAAAACCUAAUAUUUACCAGGCCUGAUAAAGGAAUAGUAGUUCUCACUGACAGAAGUGAAUGUAUGAAUAAGAUGGAUGAUAUUCCUGAAGACAAAUCGAAAAUUGCGGGAACAGAAGAAUUGACUGUUUCUGAAAGUGCGACAGAUUAUUCCCACAGGCUGAUAUGUUACUAUCAAGACUACAGGUACAUUAUUAUUAUUAGUCCCUUGGGUUCCUAAUGGAACAUAAGGCUUCAGUAGCACGUCUUUAAUGCGCUCUGUUCUCUGAAGUCUUUGAACCUGGCCCCACGAUAGCCCACAACCUCUCAUUUCCUCCUCGCACGAUCUCCUCCAUGUCACCCUCACCUCGGACGCCCAACUCGUCGCUUCCCAUCGGGGUUCCACUCGAGCAACUGGCUUGACGCGUGAUGUCCCCAGUCGGCCUUCUCAGUGUAUGCCCAAUCCAUCUCCACUUCCUUCCAGUGCAUAUUUGUUGGGUGAUAGGUUCUUGGUUGGUUCGUUCCCAGAGCUCCUUGUUGCUUAUUCCUUCUCGCCAUCUGAUCUUCAGCAGCGAGCCAUUGUAGGCAGUUGUUGAUGAAUGUCUGUAGUUUGUCGGAAAUGCCUUUCGUGACGCGCCAAGUCUCACAGCCAUCACAUAGAAGCACUGACUUGACGUUGGUGUUGAAAAUCCGGAUCUUGUUCCACAUGCUGAGUGCAGUGCAGUACAGAAGAUCUCCACACUGGUUUCAGGCUAAUGAAAGCCUGUCUUGCUUUUCCGAUUCUGGCCUUGACAUCCUCGUCUGUGCCGCCUGUAGUUGAGACAGUGCUGCGUAGAUAGGUGAAGGAGGUUACUUCCUUCAAGUUUCUCCCGUUGAUGGUGACUGAAGUUUGUUGGUGGUGGUGGUGAGGUAUCUUCAUCACCUCUGUCUUCUCUAUAUUCACUUGAAGUCCCGUCUUCGCUGCCCUGCCUCUUCCGUCAACUUGUUAGUUUUGCCUGCAGAUCUUCAAGUUUGUGUGACAUCAGGCACAAGUCAUCGGCGAAAUCCAGAUCUUCUCGAUUCUUUCCCGUGGUCCAGCGUAUCCCCCCCCUUCUCACAGCUCCUCACUGUUUGUUGCAUGAUCCAGUCUAGUCGACCACAAUCAAGAACAUCAUGGGUGAUAGAAGACAGCCUUGUUUCACUCCUGUCUUCACUUCAAAAGCAUCACUGAGCUUCCCGUUGUGCUGUGAAUUACUUGGCAUGUGGCGUCUUCAUAUAGUUGUUGAAUGAGGCUCAUAAAGGUUUGUGGUAUUCCGUAGUAUUGAAGCAGUUUCCAAAUUACCCCUCGGUCGACGCUGUCAAAGGCCUUCUCAAAGUCGAUGAAGUUGAGGUAGAUAGUUGACUGCCAUUCUAUACUCUGCUCUAUGAUGACGCGAAGCGUUGCAAUUUGGUCGGCACAUGAUUUGUACUUCCUGAAUCCAGCCAGCCUGUUCCGGUCGCAAUUUUGAAUCCAGCGCAUCCUUUAAUCUCUCCAGGAUGAUGCGGCCUAAUAUUUUGCUUGCUCUGGGUGGACAGGAGAGUGGUUCCGCGCCAGUUCUUGCAAACACUGAGGUCUCCCUUCUUCGGCAGUUUGACAAGGUAACCCUUCUUCCAAUCACUAGCCAGAUACCUUCGCUUCCUUCCAGACCUUCUGCAAUAGUGGUGUGAGCAUGUCCGCUGUUGUCUCUGCGUCUGUUCUCAGUGCUUCUGGCGGGAUUCCAUCUGGUCCAGCUGCUUUCCCGCACUUCAGUAGCUUUACGGCAUUCAGGACUUCGACUUUUGCUGGGCGAUUUAUGUUCACUUGCAGUUCAGCGGCUGGGCUGCAGGUGGUAUUUCUGGACGAAGUGGUGGUGGUCAAUUCAAGAGCUUCUUGAAGUGGUCGGCCCAUUGUUUCCUUUGUUUCUCUUCUUUCGCAAUUAAAUUUCCGUCAUCAUCUUUUAUUGGUUUCGUCUGCGUUGAUCUCCUCCCAGAUACCAACCUGGUUAUUUGAUACAAUGUCGUCAGGUCUCUCUUACCUGCAGUCUGUUCUGCUUCACUUGCCAGUGUUUCGUAGAAGUGUCUUUUGUUUUGCGUGCACCCUUCUUCACUUCUUUGUCCAGUGUAGUGUUUUGCACAUUGUACUCAGUUCCACUUCUCGUUGUUCAUCCUUGCAUUGGUUUAUCUUCUGCUUCACCAUCCUCCUCUCCCUCCUCUAUCAGCUUCCAUGUGUCCAUCGAGAUCCAUUCCUUGUCUUGUCUUCUUUCUUCUUCCUUCCUAAUACGGUUGUGCAGGUUUCUUCCCACAUAGCUUUCAAAGACUUCUAGUGUUCUUCCACACAGGUUUCUUCAGGGAUGUUGCUAGAUAUCUCUCAUUUUGUCUUGAUGAUUGCCGUGAAGAUUUCCUUCGUAGUUUCGUCCUUCAGUUUCCGAGUGUUGUACUUGAACUGUGACCUGUCCAUCACCAGCUUCCUUGAAGGCUUUUAACUUGAUUUGGAAGGUUCCUUGUACUAGAGAUAGUGGUCUGAGCCAACAUCUGCUCCUCUUCUUUACCUUGUGUCAAGUAGACUGCGUCUCCACUUUCUUCACAUUGAAAUUAAGUCAAUCAGAUUUUUAGUGUGUCCUGGUGUGGUGUCUGGUGAAAUCAACUCCAUGUCGCUUUGUGGAUAUCCUUUUGCUUGAACACAGUGCCUGACUCCAAUCACCAAGUCGUUGAUUGCACAGAAUUCUGCAAACAAUUCUCCAUUCUCUUUCAUUCCACCUAGCACUUCUCGACCCAUGGUUAGUUCUCUUCGUGUGUUGUCCGCUCCCAGUUUGGCAUUCGUGUCACCCAACCCAUUAGAAUUUUGAUAUCACCAACUGAGAUGGGGUCUUGUCCAGUGUUGAUUGCAGUUGUCUGUAGAAUUCCUCCUCCUUCUCUUGCUCUGCAUUAUUUGUAGGUGCGUGGUGUAGAAUUGUAUGAUUGUGACUUUGCUUCCUUUGAGUUGAACCCUGCUGUUAUGAUCCUGGAGGAGAUUGUUUCCCACUGAAUGAGAACCUUUGAUGCCGUUGGAGACAUAAUGAUAGCCACUCCAUAACUCAGUAUGCUCGUGGUUGUUGUCUGGGUGACCGGAGUGGAUAAAUGACUCUGCAGUUGACAGUUUGGAGAGUCGACUUCCAUUCCAUCUGCUUUCGCAAGUUCCUAACACUUUAAUGAGAUAACUUCUCCUCUCGUUUGGAAUCUGGACAGCCUUGGUGGGUUCAAACAUUGUGCGGACAUUCCAUAUCCCCACGUUUACUUCCGCUUCCAUCGAGAGAAGACAUUUGGCCAAUUGGCUUUCCGAAGGCAGGCUUUCACCAACCGGCGUUAUUUCGCCCCCCUGAUUCCAGCGGGAAUAAUUUUGUUUUGAUUUCCUAUAUUUUGUUUGUGCUUUGAAUGUUUUUAGCGGUUGUAUUUGUUUUGCGGGUAGGGUUGCUAUACGCAUGUCCAACCUUCCCUGUUUACCCGGGCUUAGGACCGGCUAGUACUAGUGAACUACUUAACCGAGCGAGGUUACAGGUACAUACAUACCAAUAUCAU